AUGGGUGGGGUUGGGUCGGGUCAAGAGAUCUUUGUGGACCAACCCGAAAAUUCGGGUUGCGUCCCGUUCCCUCCGAGGAAUCCGGAGAGAAACUCUGUUGAGAUCUUGAGGGAUCUGUUCGGGGAUGGUUACUACGUUUGCAGAUUUCAGGAACCAGGGGAGAUGGAAGAAGAUUUUGAUUCCAUGGAUACAGAAGAUAUCUUUAAGAUUUUCCUUUCAAUUCGCGACCCGGCUCCUCCAAUUAUACCGAAAGAAGUAGGAAUGAGAGGGUAUCCAAUUCCAGACAGCCUUCCCUGCUGGUUGUCUCAGGAAAGUUUAAGUUACUAUGCUACCAAGUUCGGCAAGAAAGGCUUUACUGGAGGAUUCAACUACUUUCGAGCUCUCCCGCUAAACUGGGAGCUGACAGCGCCGUGGAGCGGGUCGAAAGUCGAAGUACCGAGCAAGUUCAUCACGGGGGAUUUGGAUAUCACGUACAACAUCCCGGGGGUGAAGGAGUACAUUCACAAGGGCGGAUUCGAAAACGACGUGGUGGGGCUGGAAGAGAUAGUAGUGAUCGAAGGAGCUGCUCACUUUGUGAACCAAGAAAGUCCAGAGGAGGUCACCAAACAGAUUCAUGAAUUUAUCCAGAAGUAUUGAGCCUCCUUCCCCAUUAGCAAUACAAGUUGGUUGGCCUUUUGCCUUUGCUUUUGUUAAGCAUCUUGAUUUUUUUUUUUGCAAGGCUCUCACUGGCUACGUUUUGUGAUUAGUACUGUAUAUAGUGUUCUACCAUUUGGGGCAAUUGAAAUUUGGAAGUAUAUUUUGUAAAUAAAGAGCUCUU